CAUGGAGCUGAAAAGAACAUCUCUUGUGCUGCUCGUCCUGUGUGCGGCGAUUCUCACCAGCACUGAAGGUGGCAUUCCCAACUGCUGUGUGAAGCUUUCCAAGAAUAUUCCCAAACAUCUGUUGCUGCAAGUGUCCAGAUACGAGAUACAGACGAGAUACGGCGCCUGUGACAUGGAUGCAGUGAUAAUACAUCUCAAAGGCAAAAUACUCUGUGCUCAUCCCAAACUGAAGGACCUCCUGAGGAAAAUAGAUCAAAUUAAAAAAGCUAAAAAAAAUGGGCAUAAAAGCAAACAGGGAAAUUAAAUAAAAACUGUGAUCUUGACAUUGGCAUUAAAUGACGUGGCAUUAAUCUAAAGACUCUUUUUACUCCAGUUUAUAUGUUUUUUCUGAUUUUUUAUCAAAUAAAUACUUCUCAGUGUUGUCUGUGUGUUGUCUGUUAUUCACAUAAUAACCACAAAAGUAAAAGCAUGAACUGUUACUAAAGAGUCAUCACUGUAUGUUUCAUCUUUACACCAGCAGGUGGCGACACAUUUGAGUCAUUGAAUCAUUAAAGCAUUAGUUCAACUAGAGAUGAUAAUUCAGUCAUUGUUUACUCACCCUUGUGUUGUUGUAACUCUGUAUCACUUUCUUUCUUGUUCUGAACACAAAGUGACGUCAUACAAUGGCAGUUUAUUACAUGUAGUUCAGGUCAAAUGGAGUCACCCUUAAAACCAAAAACUUUUAGAUAUUCAUGAAUCAUGAAAAAAAAAAAAAACAUAGAAUAAUUAUAUUGAAAAUUAUAUAAUAUGUUUGAAUUGAAUGUUCAAAUUGUGCAUGUUUGUUUUAAUCUAGUAAAAAAAUAAAAAUGUUAUCA